UCUCCCCUCUGACUCUACAGACUUUUGUGUCUCCGUUACAAUGGGACCCAUACAGCUAAUCCUAUGUCUGUUGAUUACAGGAUUUGUAAAAUCUUCAGUGCUACAAUUACGAAGAUUUGAGAGGGUUAAUAAGACAAAAAGACAUAAUGCAUCCGUAACGUGUCAGAACAGGAACAUGAGCCUUGUUACUCUGUACGAUGAAGAUGAUGCCGAAUUUGUGAUCAAGUUUAGCAAAAAAGUAUGCCCACUGUCUGGGUCGGCCUCACCAAAACACUAGAUAAUAAGGAAGACGAACCAAAGUGCCCAUCUACAUCUGGUGUGAUGAACUGUUCCGAUCGAUUGUUCUUUAAGUGCAACAGUUCUGACAUCAAAUCAAAUGUGAAACUGAACUGGUGUGCAGCUAAACAGUACUGCCGAUAUCACUCUUUGGGAGACCUGGCGACGAAUGAGAGCUCAGCCAACACAACUGACUCAUUGUGGAUUUCAGGGAACAUCACUGACGACUGGAAAUGGGAUGAUGGUGGCUGUUCCACAUAUCGUGAAUGGAGCAGCCCUUUUGAUGAGGAACAGAAUGAUACUGCUGCUACUCUGGGCGAAAGUUAUGAGCUCAAACCUCAAUCUAGCGAUCUGGAAUUCGAGGCAGUGUGCUCUACAGGUGAUACGAGAAUAGUGAUUGUCAAUAUCCCAAAGACAUGGGAGCAGGCUCUAGAAUACUGCGACAAACAUCACUCUGGGCUGCUGCAGAUCCCCACCAGAGAGCACCAGGAGUCAGUGGAGCAGUGGUUCAAUGCAACAGAACAGAACGGAACAUUCUGGGUGGGAUUGAGGCAGAGUCAAGUGUUUGGAUUCUGGAUGUGGAAGGACACAAUUGUGAGCACCAAUAAUUGGGAGAAUGGGAUGCCCAUGUUGCCCAUGUCUCACGAGUGUGGGGUAAUGGUGGUGCCUGGGUUGAAGUGGAGAGAUCACAACUGCCUGUACCCUCUGCCUUUCAUCUGUCAGGAGAAUAUUGUCUGGUUAAACAGUUCAUUUGUAUAUCAUUAAAGAUCAUAUGUUACAAAAAGCUUUCAGGCAUGUUAUAAUGUUGUUACCACAUCCAAAAACAUACCUGGAGAAGUGUUUUGAUUCACUCACAUAUGUUUGAGUAAUACCUUAUUAGUCUGCUUACAUCUCUAAAGCCCAAUAUGUUCCACCUUGUGAUGUCAUGUAGUGGUAGUUUUCAAGUUAACAGCUACGUUUUACCUGUAGUUUAGGGAAUUCUGUGCUGAAAGUAUCCAAAUGAUUCUAGCGAAGGUGUUCGGCAUUUAGUGAAGCACUUCCUGUUUUACCACAUGACAUCACAAGUUGGAACAGAGUGUUUUCAGUUAGAGGGAAGGACUAAAUAUGCAGGUAUGUUUGUGAUGAGGAUAAAACAUUAUAGCAUAGAUCAGAAAACUGUAAUAUGGACCCAUGUGUUUGAGAAAGAGCCCAGUACAGUUCAUUAGCAGCUUGUGAGGUCAAACUACGCAAAGUUGUGAACAGUGCUUUUAAACUUAUUGCAGCGAGUAAUUAAGAUGUGUAGUAUGCAUAAAAUGUAGAAUAAAUCACUACAAUAAGUUCAAUUUAUUUUUUUUCUCGCAUUUUUAUGACUUUUAAGCCAUGGUUUUAUUGUAUUUAUAUUUUGUGUUGCCCUUUGCUACAAGGAGCAAGCUUGUUUUAGUAUAUGUUUUAUUAUUAAAAUAAGACAAACCUCAUGAAUUUGUGUGGUGAAUUACUAAAUUUCUAAACUACAGCAACUACUACUACUAUUACUACAAUCGGAA